AUGAACCGUUGCGCAGUGUCUAUAACGAUCAGGACUACUGGAUCUUUGGCAAAUUCAUCUUCCAAGACAAUCAUGGUUGAUCUCGUUGUCCGAGGUAUCAUUUUACACAUCGGCCCGCAAUUCACAUGUAUUCGAGAUUUACUAGCGUUUGUCAAGGCACCUCCCGAUGUAUCGCCGGAGAUACAGGGUACAUUGACCCUGCUAUUGGCUGAAGGUCAGAGUGGAUGUGUGCACAGUGGCUCAUUGGAAGUGUCGCUAUGUGCUGACUCGACUGAGAGCUUAGGGGAUGUGAUUGCUGGUUUGGGUCAAAUAUCGUUGACGGAACAAAAGUCUGAGGUUGAACUCGAUUAUGAUCACACUGAAGAGCCGUCUCAGAGUCAAGAAGAUUUACAAGCAAGUCUAUUAAAAUCAGCAAUACAAGACACUCGUUUUCGUAAACCGCUUCUACCAUUUGAACUGGGUGAAGACUUGGUACAUGAGGAUUACCCCUCGGAUGCUGAUUUUGUGCAAGCUAAUUCGGCCCGAACCGGUCUUAAAACCAAACUUACCGACUCGCAUCUUCCUUCUAUCAUCCGAAAUUACAUCCUGAUGAAAUUCUUGACUGAACUUAGACCUAAUGAUGGAGGGAAUCUAAGGUCGACUGGAUCACCUAUGUUACGUGUGAAGUUUGAUUUGGUGGAUUCACCUGAUGAGGAUGGAAAACAAGAAGCGAUUUUGAAACUUAAGAUUGUACCACUUAGGUUGUAUGUUGAUCAAGAUGCGGUUGAUUUUUUGAAAACGUAUUUCGGAUUUCAAAAAGAAAAUCGUCAACUUGAUAAAUCAUCAAUUGAGAAGAAAACCAAAGAGGGUUUCUGA